CGGCCGCGGCCGGGCUGUGCCUCCACUGCAGCCCAGCGCAGGCCGCGGAGCCGGGGCGCUGCAGCCGAGAGCGCGGGCGUGGAACGCGGCGGGCCGGCGCCGGGAGUCCUUCUGAAGAGUAGUGUCUCUGUGUCCUACAAGGUCUUCAGAGCCAGUAGGUGAGACAGCACGUGGGAGAACGGCCCCUGCUCCUUCACCAGAGGAAGCCUGCCAUUGCUAUGGAUACCGAAUCUACGUAUUCUGGAUAUUCCUACUACUCAAGCCAUUCAAAAAAAUCUCACAGACAAGGGGAAAGAACAAGAGAAAGACACAAAUCACCGCGGAAUAAAGAUGGCAGAGGGUCGGAAAAGUCUGUCACCAUCCAGGCUCCCACUGGAGAGCCCCUGCUGGCAAAUGACUCUGCCCGCCCAGGCACCGAGGAAGUUCAGGAUGACAACUGGGGAGAGACCACCACGGCCAUCACAGGCACCUCAGAGCACAGUAUAUCCCAAGAGGACAUUGCCAGGAUUAGCAAGGACAUGGAGGACAGUGUGGGGCUGGAUUGCAAGCGCUAUCUGGGCCUCACCAUCGCCUCGUUCCUCGGACUGCUCGUCUUCCUCACCCCCAUUGCCUUCAUCCUGCUACCCCAGAUCCUGUGGAGGGAGGAGCUGAAACCCUGUGGCGCCAUCUGUGAGGGACUUCUCAUUUCCGUCUCGUUCAAACUGCUUAUCCUGCUCAUCGGAACCUGGGCACUUUUCUUCCGCAAGCAAAGAGCGGAUGUGCCGCGGGUGCUUGUGUUCCGAGCUCUGUUAUUGGUCCUUAUCUUUCUUUUUGUGGUUUCUUAUUGGCUUUUUUAUGGGGUCCGCAUCUUGGACUCUCGGGACCAAAAUUACAAGGACAUCGUGCAAUACGCGGUCUCUCUUGUGGACGCGCUGCUUUUCAUCCACUACCUUGCGAUCGUCCUGCUGGAGCUGAGGCAGCUGCAACCCAUGUUCACACUGCAGGUGGUCCGCUCUACCGACGGAGAGUCCCGCUUCUACAGCUUGGGACACUUGAGCAUCCAGCGAGCAGCCUUGGUGGUUCUGGAAAAUUACUACAAGGACUUCACCAUCUAUAACCCGAACCUCCUAACAGCGUCCAAAUUCCGAGCAGCCAAGCACAUGGCUGGCCUGAAAGUCUACAAUGUGGAUGGGCCCAGUAACAAUGCUACUGGUCAGUCCCGAGCCAUGAUUGCCGCGGCAGCUCGGCGCAGGGACUCCAGCCACAACGAAUUGUAUUACGAAGAGGCCGAGCAUGAACGGAGGGUGAAGAAGCGGAGAGCAAGACUGGUGGUGGCUGUGGAAGAAGCCUUCAUCCACAUCCAGCGUCUCCAGGCUGAGGAGCAGCAGAAAUCUCCGGGGGAGGUGAUGGACCCCAGAGAGGCAGCGCAGGCUAUCUUCCCCUCCAUGGCCAGGGCGCUGCAGAAGUACCUGCGCACCACACGGCAGCAGCACUACCACAGCAUGGAGAGCAUCCUGCAGCACCUGGCCUUCUGCAUCACCAACAGCAUGACCCCCAAGGCUUUCCUUGAACGAUACCUCAGUGCGGGCCCCACCUUGCAGUAUGACAAGGAUCGAUGGCUCUCGACACAGUGGAAACUUAUUAGUGAUGAGGCUGUGACGAACGGGUUACGGGAUGGAAUUGUGUUCGUCCUUAAAUGCUUGGACUUCAGCCUCGUGGUCAAUGUGAAGAAAAUCCCGUUCAUUGUACUCUCAGAAGAGUUCAUAGACCCCAAAUCCCACAAGUUUGUUCUUCGCUUACAGUCCGAGACAUCGGUCUAAACUUUCUAUACUUGUGACUUUAUGAAAAACAAAAGAAGAAUAUAUAAAUAGAUAAAUAUAUAUAUAUAUAUAUAUAUAUAUAUAUGUCCAGGGGGAAGUUCUUUUAUAAAGAUUUUUAAAAAAUUCUUCAACUGGCAGAGGAUAGACCAGUAUCCUUCGAUCAUCUGCACUUUAUUUGGAAGGAAGCAGAUGCCCACCCGGACAAGUGACUGUUGGCAUCUGACUUUGAUAGGACUAUUGAAGAAGCUGUUCCCUGGAGUUUCUGUGACAGCUGUAAACCAAAGUGUAGCUGCUGUGUCCUCGGGAGCCUCGCCUUACAACUGGUCCCUGCCUGUGGCCCAGUACCACACCUACCUGUACUUCUGGCCAAUCCCAUCAUAGAUCCUAAGGGACUCACUUUAUUCUGCUUCAGGAAAGCAGAUACUACACACCCACAUGUGUGUUUGUCCAUGUAAUUAUCCACAUCACCACACCACCCUGGGGAGUGGUGGGCCGUCCAGGAAAUGUCCACCCGCCUGAGUCUUUGUUCUUUGUUGCCUUACAUUGUGAAGAGAAAGAACCCACCAGAAAAUGUGCACUGCCAGUUUGCAGCUGUUGAGUGAUUGGCUUUCCAUUUUCCUGAGAGAGAGCCUACCUGCCCUGUUUCUGGCCCUGCUCCUCUGUUGGCCUGAGGCAGGUAGCCCUUCCCUAGCCCUGGGAUUGCCUACCUGGGCUUCACUCUCCUGAGCACCUGGACCACAGCUGUACCUGGUGGGUAGUCCUGGUCAGGCUAGCCUGGCCCUCCAGAGCUGACAGGGACUUGGCUUUCCAAGUAUGCCCCUCCCACAGUCUUUCUCUGGAGAAAUAGGGUAAGAUCCUGGGGAUCUAUUCAGCUGCAGCGCCUCCUUUAGGCUGCAGCAGGAACCCAUCCACCUAAUCCUGCUUAGCCCUGCUCUGCACAAACUAGGAGAGACCAACACUGUGACUCCCAGCUGGCAGGUGCCCCGUGUAGCCAUCCAAUUUCCCAGGGAGACACAUAUUCACAAAGCUCAUGUGCCAAGGUGCCCUGCCACGGGAAACCAAACAAUGCCCACCACCCUGGAAACUACUGCUGUCCCUUCUCUGUGGUUUGUGACCACCACCACUGUGCAACUUAGCGCAAGGAAAAGGGUCUGCUCUGUCCCUGCUGUAUAGAUUGCCCUUAAUUAUUGGCCAGGAAGAGAGAGGGGAAAGUAUGCUGCAGAGCUGGGGAAAGGGAGAGUAGGGAGUCAGCAGUGCAGUCCCGAAGGCCCCAGUCUGUCCGCAUGUCAUAGCUGGUUUCAGAGGACUAUGCCCUUGAGGUCCCAUUUGUAGCCAUAGCUGCCUCCUGGCAGAGCCCUCUGCAGGGGAGUACCCAGGGAGCCAUUUCCUGAUGCCUUGCAGUGGGCUGUCCUGGUCUCAGCUUACCUACAUCUGAAGCAAUGCUCCACCAAUGCUCUUCCCUUUCCCAGCUUCAGGGAUCUCAUUUCAGGAAAGGAGAAGGCUGUCAUCGUCUCCGUGCCGACACACGUGUGCCCUUCCUGCUUACGCAUUCCACAAAACACGUGAUUUUGUCUGUCAUAAAAAAAAUCCAAAUUGGCAUGGAAUGUUUGUGUUACACCUGUGCUUAGAAAAAGCCAAUGUUAUUCUUUGCUCAGUAACUUUUAGUUCAGAUAGAUGUUCUGGAGAAGGAAGAGGAGACAUGGACAAGGCAUAGAUUCAGGAUGCCCUGUGUUAACAGUGUGGCUCUGUUUAACAGACACACAUAGUGUAACUUGGUGCUUCGUUCUUAGUUUUCCCCUUAGGUCCCUUCUACUGGAAGUUCCUCAGGAUGUCUUUCUCAGGAAAUAUUUUAGGAGAUGAGGUAAGGGGUGGGCAGUCUGAGAGACCAGCUAUGUGAAAUGUCCCAGCAUAGCUCUGCCAUGACCAUGUGGUUGUUACGUGCCAUAAAUGUAAAUAAUAUAGAGUUGAAGGUAACACCUCUCGUCCGGCAUCUUAAAAUACUGUGCUUCCAACCCUGGCUUAAAGGAUGGGUCUUUAAGGGGUUAAAUCAGAGUCAUAUGUUGGUGUGUGUGUUCCCAGCAGGGCAAAGAAAGGUUUAAAUUAAGGAAUUAAUUUAUUUUCCCUCCUGGCCCCCUCUCCAUCUACUUUGCGUAUAACUUCAGACUUCCUGAAAUUAUCGUUUUGGUUGUAAAUUGAAUAUCAACUGUUUUUUUUCCAAAAUGCUUAAGCAUCAAUUUCUGAAAGGAAGUCAAAAAUCAUAAGCAGGAUUCUUUAAAGUCUCUGUGUCUCAGUGUUUUACCAGGCAGAGUUGAAGUGGGAACGGUGUGGAGGAGCGUUUGCAGAAGAAAUGUCAUGUUGCAGAAAACUGUGUCACACAACUGAAGACAAUAAAUGUUUAUUUCAUUUCUUGAA